AAGGGUGAAGACGAUUUGCAAUCGGCUCCUUCCCUCUUCUUCAGUCGAACAAGUUUGGGAGGGCGUUUCGUGUUCAGAAGGAGGCUCUCAUUGAAAUUAAACGAACUCGGUUAAAGAAACAUAAAGAAGACACAGAUGGAAGAGGAGUUAGAUAAAGCCGUAUUUCUGUAUUUGAAGAAAAAGGGAUUUACACAAACUGAGCAGAUUUUUCAACAAGAACAGCAGAACAAGAACAACAAGAAUGCUACCGAUGCUUCCAUGUCAGACACCGAUCUUGCUAAACAAAUCCUCACAUUGUCUCAGUCCGAAAAUAUCCCUGCAAUGUACCAUGAUGGAUACAGCAAGCUGAGAUCUUGGACUUAUAGCUCGCUAGAUCUGUACAAGCAUGAGUUGCUUCGUGUUCUGUAUCCCGUAUUUAUCCAUUGUUUCAUGGAUCUCAUAGCAAAAGGUCAUCUUCAAGAAGCACGAGCAUUUUUCAGUAGCUUCCGUGAGGAUCAUGAGAUGAUGCAUUCACGUGAUCUCAAAAAACUAGAAGGUGUCCUUUCUCCGUCGCAUUUGGAGGAGAUGGAGUUUGCUCAUUCUCUAAGGCAGAGCAAAGUGAAUAUAAAGAUAUGCCAGUAUUCUUAUGAGCUUCUUCUGCAAUAUCUACACAAGACACAAUCGAUUACAAUGCUUGGUAUUAUCAAUGAACAUAUUGAUUUCCAAGUAUCUCCUGGACAGCCUAACUCGAUUUCUGAUGAUGCUGAAGCCUUUUCAAUUGUUGGAAGUGGUCAAGAUGCUGCUAACCUAAUAAAUCAGAAAGAAAUACACUGGGGGUUGCUUGAAGAUUCAUUAGAAGAUCGGCUUGAGAAGGCAGGGGGUUUGCUCUCAGAUUCAGAGAAGACAGAAGGAGAUGCUAAAGAAGGGGAGUUGGAUGAGAGUAAGAAAAAAACAGCAGAGGGUGGAAAGCAAGGCGGGCCCCUCAAGAAGUUAAAGAAGGACAAGGUUGGUGGUGCAGCAGGAAAAGGUGCUAGAGGGGAGGGCGACAAAGCAGCUGCUGCUCCCCGUGUUAAACCGGAGCUUACGUUGCCACCAAUACCAACAGACGUUGAAAAUUCCAUACUUGAAGACCUUCGUAACCGUGUACAAUUGAGCAAUUCAACACUUCCAUCAGUUUGUUUCUACACAUUCGUUAACACCCAUAAUGGACUAAAUUGUUCAUCAAUAUCCCAUGAUGGAUCGUUGGUUGCCGGUGGAUUCUCUGAUUCAUCACUCAAGGUCUGGGAUGUUGCGAAACUUGGGCGUAUGGGCAGUUCUGUUACUCUGGGUGAAAAUGAUUCGGGUCUGAAUGAAAACACACUUGGAUCAAAUGGUGGAAAAAGAGCGUACACUUUGUAUCAGGGUCAUUCUGGACCCGUUUAUUCAGCUUCAUUUAGUCCUUGGGGGGAUUUUCUUCUAUCAUCUUCAUCAGAUUCAACAAUACGAUUGUGGAGCACGAAAUUCAAUGCAAACAUUGUCUGCUACAAGGGUCACAAUUACCCUGUGUGGGAUGUUCAGUUUAGUCCAUAUGGACAUUAUUUUGCGAGUGCAUCUCAUGACAGAACAGCAAGGGUUUGGUCGAUGGAUAGAGUACAACCUUUAAGGAUACUGGCAGGACAUUUAUCUGAUGUUGAUUGUGUACAAUGGCACGUGAACUGCAAUUACCUAGCGACGGGAUCCAGCGACAAAACAAUUCGCAUGUGGGACGUUUCGUCUGGAAAUUGCAUGAGGAUUUUCAUUGGUCAUAGGAGUUCAGUCUUAUGUUUGGCAAUGUCACCGGACGGUAGAUACUUAGCGUCUGGCGAUGAAGACGGUACUAUAAUGAUGUGGGAUGUUUCUAACGGUCGUUGUAUCACUCCUCUUGUGGGCCAUACGUCCUGUGUUUGGUCCCUUGCUUUCAGCUGUGAGGGAUCGCUUCUUGCAUCUGGUUCGGCUGAUUCAACUGUCAAAUUGUGGGACGUUAACACAAGUGUAAAACCGCCAAGAUCUGAAGAAAGUAAAAAUGGAAAUACAAACAGGCUCAGAUCGCUGAAGACUCUGCCCACCAAAUCUACUCCAGUUUAUUCUCUAAGGUUUUCGCGAAGGAAUCUUCUAUUUGCUGCUGGGGCUCUUUCAACAAAUCUGUAAAAUGGCAUUACAACAUAUUGUUAGUAUCCUCCUAGUUGUUCUUUAUAGUAUUUCUUUCUUAUGUUGCUGCAACUACUAUAGAUUUCUAUUUUUCCUGUUGCAAGUUGCAAAGCUCUUAUUAUUAAAUGUUUUUGGGUACUUGACGUAGUUAUUGAAUUUAAGCUUUA